AUGGAUAUCCCAUGUUCGAUUGUUCGCUCGUCUGACAAAGGAAGACUGUACACCAGGCGUGAGUUGUCGGAGCCAGCGACGCUUCUAAAUAAAUCAUGGUUGUACGGCAGUGAAGCAUCGGUAUUGAACACUGAUACCAUGCUGUCCAUGAUGGGUUUGGCUGUCAUCAUGGGGGAUUUACUGGAAUUUCUGGGCACAUCUUUCAGAGAUGUUGUUGAGCAGCAAGUCAUUGAAUUUUUAUAG